AUGUGGAAUCCUGUUGCCAGCAUUGGCUGCUUCGAUCUGCCAUCCUACGACAUCGAAUUGACUCCCUUCCUCGGGACUCUGCUGAAUGGAGGGAUUCACAAUCUGAGUUUCGACAUAGGGAACGCCGUCAGUGUAUGGUACAUUGAUGCCAACUUGCACAUAUGGUUGGACCACCAGAGCAGCAAGACAACAGGGGAACUCGUAUCAAGCAACACCGAACCACUGCAUCUCUCAUCGACUAUGGCGAUGAAGGGGGUAGUCAUGGAAUCGCGAGUCAAGGCACAGAGGAUGAUAUCUUCACAAGGAUGGGUGCAAUCCUCGCACGGAAAAAUUACUAGUCAUGUCACCCAAAUGUUGCAUUUCAUUCACUAA